UAACGAUAACAGGCAAGUUAAGGAGUACAUAUCCAGUAAAACACGGUCGUCAGGUGCUAUACUCCCGAAAGCCAACUGACGACAUGUGAUAUAAUUACGUAAAUUGAAUUCACUCGAAAUUGUGAUCUAAUCAUGGCUGAAUGAGUCUGGUGGCUGUUCUUUGGUCAUGAAGACUAAGCAGUUUCACAUUGAUAAUUGUAAAGAAGAUAAUAGUUGAAAGAUAUGAGUAAGGCGAUGAAAAAGAGCAACAGUGUUCGAAAGACGACAAAAGAUCUGAAAAAGCUGAAAAUUGGAGACAAAGGCACGAAGAAGGGCGUAGGUAAAAAUUCAGCCCAAACCAAAGGAGAACAGACAUUGACAUUACCGAAAUGGGACAAAUCUGAUUCCGAAGACGAUGGUUGUAUAAACGGACAGACCGAGUUGAACUCCAUUCGAGCUCAGCUUGAGGAGUGCUUCGAAAGAAAGACCAACAUUCCCGAUAAGGAACUUCAAAUAUACAAUAAUACAUUCUGUGAAAUAUUUCAGAGCUUAUUGCCAAAAAUCCAGAGAAACACAUCAAGGGUCAGGUGUCUUGACCCCGUUUACGUCGGCAGCUCGUUUGACGGUCUGAUGGUACAACCAAGUAUUAACUACGAGGUACAGAUACCCAUCAGUAUCGUGGGCAGAGUUGUUGUGGAAGAAGUUAAACCAGGCUUCGUCGCGCUGCGGGUGCCCGCCGUCGCAUCAGGGAAGGCUAACGAAGACCGUUGGAUUGGCUGGCGUUCGCAUGAUAACUAUCUCUCCCCAGUCCUAGCCAACCGAAUGUUCUACAAGUUUGUUCUUCAGUGGGCCAGCUUACGAGACUUACCAGGUGUCUCAGUAAAUGACUACGAACCUGGAAAGGAUGUCCGGAUUCUAGUUGGUGAUAACAUAACUAUAGUGAUUACUCCUAUGAUUGACUUGAAACGGAAAGAAAACCCCUACCCGUUAGUCGCUAAACCUGCCAGUUACGAAUCUGACCCAGCAUCGGAAUAUUUUUGGCGUAUAUCCUGUUUUGAGAGAGAGACGACUCUGUUGAAAAUCAUAGAAAAAGCAGAUGAUGGAUGUCGCUGUCGAACCUUGAAAAUUUUGAAGGCUCUGCGACACGAUGACGACGCCUUGCGGCAUUUGACGACAUACCAAAUGAAGACAGUUCUACUACACAUGUGCGACGGUGAGAUUGAUAAACUGAAAUGGCAAAAACAUAAAAUCGAGUCGUGUUUUGCUGCUCUUAUUCGGGAGUUGCUGAAUGCCGUCCAACAGAAACGUUUGAACCAUUUUGUCCUUGAAGACGUUAAUUUGCUCGAACAUGUUCCCGACCACGUGUUGACGUCUGCGGAAAAUCGACUAAAAAUACUGUGCUCCAGAGAGAAGGAGCUUGCCAGGUUGUUGGCUAAAUAA